AUGACUUUGGAUAAGUCAUUACCCUCAUCAGCUAGUGAUGUGUUCUCAACAUGGUGGAAGCAAUUCUGGGGAUUAAAAAUACCCAGGAAAAUUUUACAUUUUGCGUGGAGGGGUUUCCAUGAAAUCUUGCCAACGCGUAUUGGAUUGGAAAAAAGAAAAAUAGUUUCUAAUAAUUCAUGUGAGUUAUGUGGAUUUGGAGGAGAGUCUAAUGCUCAUGCUAUUUUCCGGUGUCCCUUUGCACAAGAAAUUUGGAAACUUCUGGAGUUUACAUUUCUACAUGAGGUGAGAGAGGUAAUUGAUUUUAAAAAUGUGAUAUUAUAUGCUGCUGAGGUGGUAGAAAAGGAUUUGUUUGAGAAAAUUAUUAUUAGUGCUUGGGCCAUAUGGACGGAGAGAAACAAAAUUACUCAUGGUCAACAUUUAGGACAACCACAACAGAUUGUUAAUUGGAUUGACAGUUAUUAUGGAACUGUUGUAUCUGCUCGUGAUGGAGCCAAGGUUAGUAGCCUUCCUAUUCAAAGAAAUAGAAAUAAUUCAGAAGUUCUACAUAGGGAUCCUCAAGAAGAACAGAGACAUACAAUACUUAUGGUUGAUGCAGCAGUAUUGAAUAAUACAAGUUCAGUUGGUUUAGGGGCUAUUAUCCUUUCAGAAGAUAGAAGGGUGAGGGCAGCAGUUUGCAAGCCUCUCAAAGCAUUGUUGAUUUUAUCGUUUUGGGGUUGCGUCUCUUGUGGUAGUUUGCCUUUAACUUUGACUCAUAAUUUUCAUUGUGGUGUUUUCUGGUUUGUUAUGUCUUCAGGAAGUAUCUCUGUUUUACAAGCGGAGACCUUGGCACUUUUGUUUGGACUUAAUUGGGCUCUUUCAUGCGGAAUCCAAAUUAAAAAAGUUUUUUCCGAUUCACUGUCUCUAGUCACAGCUAUAAACAAAGGAAAGGUUUUUUUCAACGAGCUGGGUGUGCUUUUUGAGGAUGUCAUAGCUUUAUUGUCUAAACUCCCGGGAGCAGUUUUGUCCCAUGUGGCUCGGAAUAUGAAUUCUGCAGCACAUGGUUUGGCAAAACAUGCUCUUCGGUUAGACAAUGAGCUAUCCUGGUUCGAGGAGGUGCCGCCGCCGAUUGUGGAUUGCUGCUUUGUUAAUCAUGUGUGA